ACCUGAAGUGACUGUUGAUGAACUCGAGUUUCACAUUACGCUCGGUUAUUUAUUAGUUCGUAAAGUGUGGUUUCGUCGUUAACAAUGGCAACUUACUGUAAAUUACUCUACACACCGAGCUUCAGCUCUCAGUCGCCACAAAUUUUCAAGAAACCGGGAUUUACCGGUGAAAAUAGCAAACACCAUAAACUGAGUAGAAAUUGGAACAGGUUGACUCAAGAGGCUAACGUUACUCCCUCACCCUCGCUCCACUUCAAAAGUCCAGAAAUAACGCCAUGUUUCACAAGAAAGAUGAAAACAAACCAACUUUUGAGGUUUUACUCGAAUAUAAGGACUUAUAAGAAAUCUACAGUUAAUCUGAGGGCACCAGAAGGCGGGAAAUCACAGCGCGCUAAACGUGACCCUCGUGGAGGGCCCUCAUCUGAUACUUUUGGAUUCCCAGCAAGAGAUCCUGAUCCUCAAGCAGCAAAUUUGUCCCAAACAAAACAGGAUGUAUUGAGCACAAUCAAGAAAAUGUUGGAGGAGAACAGGGUCAUCAGAGAGCGGUUACUCACCUUGCAGCAGAGCCGAAGCAAAUGAGAUGGUACUACAUGCAGUGAAUUUUAAAGAGAAAAGAAUGCUGUUCACAUGGAAAAAUCAUUUGUUAGCGAGACUAGAGGGCAAUAGGAUGAGCUUUUAUUUGUCCACCUUUUCAUAUGAUUUUUCAUAAAUAGUUAUAUUGCCUAAUAAGUUAUAAAAGUUUUAAAUCUAAAUUAUCAGAGCUAAUAUAUUGAAGAAGAGGAAAUGAGUAUGACCUACAGAUGACCACUAGAUGGUGAUAUUUCCUAAAUUAAUAGCAGCUACAUAAACUGCAGUGAGGCUCCCACCUCCACACUUUGGAUUAUAAUUAUAUUUACUAGCUGCUGUUUGUUUUUAAAUAUUUAUUUAUAAGAGAAUGACCUUCUAAUGUGUUUUUGUUAACACAGUGUUCAUUCAUGCCAGUAAUGUACAUAUAGGUUUGUAAAUUAACCUUAAAUGUCUUUGUUAAUCACUAAAACAUUGUUUCAC